AUGAUUGGCGGGUUUGCCGCCGGUGGGGGCUGCGAGCUGGCCGUGGCUACCGACCUGCGCAUCGCUGCGGAGGGCAGUCGGCUGGGCAUCCCGGUGGCCCGGUUGGGCAUCACCAUCGGCCAUCGCGAGAUGUACGGGUUGGUGAACCUGGUGGGCAAGGGCAACGCGCUGUACAUCCUGCUGUCGGGCCGGCUGUUGGGCACCGAAGAGGCCCUGCGCAUCGGGCUAGUAAAUCAGGUGGUAUCGCCAGACCAGCUGGCCGAAGUUACCUACAAGCUGGCAGCAGACAUCGCCGCGCUGGCGCCGCUGUCUCACGCCGUAAACAAGCAGACCCUCAACCAGGUGCUGGCGAAACCGUCGCUGGACCUGACGCCCGAUGAGGCGAACCUGCCGCUAACGCAGUUCGACACCCGCGACUAUCAGGAGGGCUACCGCGCAUUCCUGGAAAAGCGGCGGCCCGAGUUCAUCGGCGAGUAA